AUGAGCACCACAAAGGCUCAUUAUCUCGUUCUCACGUUCCCAGCUUGGGGACACUGUCGACCCGAGACUGUGUUUAGCCUCCGAUUGAUCCAGCUCCAUCCUCAUCUUUCAAUUACUCUCCUGAUUUCGGAGUGGUACAGAGACUUAGCGACUGCAGAGAUUGCUCAGGCUCAUUUGACGCCUGAAGAGGCUUCGAGACUUAGAGUAGUGUUCCAUCCUCUUGGACGUCUGCCACCUUGCGAUCCCAAUGGCGGCAAGGGAGAUUCAGAAAAUUUCCGGAUUUUUGCCGAUUGGGUGGUAGACUAUGCAGCAAAGAGCAUUGAGCAGACGGUGAAUGGAGAUGCUAUCUACGCAAAGGAGGAGGACGGACUCAUCCCCAUCCCACCCACAGUCUUUCUGGGCGAUGCUAUCGCUUUGUGGCGCAUUCAACCCAGACUCGAAGCCAUUUUCAACCAAGCGGGACUCAAACCUCCUGUCCUGGCCCGGUUGAAUCCUCUCAGCGAAGCUUAUAUCGCAGCAUACUCUGCAGCUGACGGUUCACCCCUGCCAACAGUGCUCGAAGCGUACCAGCAAGCCCGCACGGCUGGAUCGACAGAUGACGAGGCUUUUCAAAAGACAUUCGUCGCGUCUGAGGAUAAGUAUAUCGAGGUGUUGGGUCUCAGCCCGAUGUCUGUCAUCCAAUCCCACAUGACCAGCUUGACAUCCUUCGCUAAGCAGUUCAACACUGUCGAAGCGCUUAGCAUCACAUUUUGGCCGUCUUACGAAUCGAUUCAUGGCGUUCCGAUGAAGCAUCAGACCAAGUUUAAGGGCGUCCGAGCGGGACCUCAAUUGUUCGACGGGAAUCCCACCGUGACAAACGGUACCAGUAGUGCCGCUUCUGACCCGACGCUUGCUUUCAUGGAUACCGCUUUGGCUCGACAUGGUCCCCGCUCAGUCAUCUACGUGUGUUUUGGGACCUUGUUCUGGCCUCCUACCGAGGCUCAGACCGCCUUGUUCCUUGAUGCACUGGAGGAGAGUGGUCUGUCAGUGGUCCUGGUCAAAGGUCACAAAGCAUCCUCCAAGAUCGCAGGAAAUAUCCAAACCUGGUAUCAGAAAAUGGGAUCUCGAGCUCACGUGACGGACUGGGUACCACAGCUCAGAGUCCUUCAACAUGAGGCAAUCAACGUCUUUGUCUCUCAUGGGGGAUCAGGCUCGACCAUGGAAGCAAUGAUCACCGGUGUUCCGAUGGUCCUCUUACCCGGCGCCUGGGACCAACCAUUCAUCGCGUCAGAGCUAUGUAAAGCUGGGAUCGCACUUGAUAUCGCCCAGUUUGGGCAUGGCCACAACAUCGGCAAGAAGACUGCCAGGGGUGUUUUGGUCACUGGAAGAGAAAAAGAUAUGAAGGCGGAGCUGCGAGAGAUCUUUGGCAAUCUCUCCUCUGACAAAUUCGACAAGCUCCGACAGACGGCUCGUGAAAUCCAGCAGCGCGUCCUGCGAGAUCUGGAAUCCGGCGAGAGUUUCCAGAUGAUGCAAAAAUUGGGUCAUCUUGCGGACCAAGCGUCAUGA